GCAGAGCUCCUGCCUCGCAGCAUUGCUGCCUGCAGGCCGUACGGCACCAUGCACUCGCCAGGCUCCACCGGCCCGGGCGACGCGCGCGCGGCUGACAUCAUGGACAUUUGUGAGUCAAUCCUGGAGAGGAAGCGGCACGACAGCGAAAGGUCCACGUGCAGCAUCCUGGAGCAGACAGAUAUCGAAGCUGUGGAAGCUCUCGUUUGCAUGAGUUCUUGGGGUCAAAGGUCCCAGGUGAGACCCCUCACGCCCGUCUCUGAUUCUGGUGACGUCACCACGGCGGUGCUUAUGGACACAGCUGCACCUGAUCUACCAAAGGACUUCCAUUCUUUUUCAACUCUGUGUAUAACUCCUCCUCAGAGCCCAGAGCUCAUGGAGCCAACAGGGACCCCUGUUCCUUCCCAAGUAAUCAAUUCCCAAGGAUGCAUGGCCACUGCCCUCCCCCCAUCCCCUACUGGGGGCCCCAGAACACUGAGCAAGGGGGAACCACCGGAGCCAUCCUCAGAGUCCUCCUGCAGGGCCGUGAUGACGAGCGUGAUCCGUCACACUGGGGAGAGCCCAGCUCCGACAUGUUUUCCAACUGGUCCAACUCAAGAGCAGCCAGCGUCCGACAGCAGAGGAGGACAAGACCCGUUGCUGGACCACCUCGAAGCCUUGCAGGACACACGUUUGGCAGAUGGCUUACUUGUCACUAACUUGGUUUCCUGUCAGCCUUGCUUGCACAAGUCUGGUGGCCUGUUCCCCAUCGACAAAGGCCAACAGACAGUAUGGCCCACUGCCGUUCAGACCUGCUUACCAAAGAAUCCUGAAAGUGACUUGUCAAGGAAAACCACCCCUUUUAUUUCUGUCCCUGUCUCUAGCCCCCCUGUCCUUUGCCAGAUGAUCCCUGUGGCUGGACAAAAUGGCAUGCUCUCAGCUUUUUUGAGGCCUCCUACCCAGUUGCCUGCAGGGACUAUCAAGCCCAUCCUACCCCAAGCUGCUUCAAUGUCUCAGCCUGUGUUCAUGGGCCCGCCUGUGCCUCAGGGAACUGUGAUGCUGGUCUUGCCACAGAGCACCUUCCCCCAGCCUGCUGCCUGUCCAUCCAGUGUCAUGGCCAUUGGAAAUACCAAACUCUUGCCCCUUGCCCCUGCCCCAGUGUUCGUCGCCUCCAGCCAGAACUGUGCGCCUCAGGUAGACUUUUCCAGAAGGAGGAACUAUGUUUGCAAUUUCCCAGGCUGCCGGAAGACCUACUUCAAAAGUUCCCACCUUAAAGCUCAUCUUCGCACCCACACAGGGGAGAAGCCUUUUACCUGCAGCUGGGACGGCUGUGACAAAAAGUUUGCAAGGUCAGAUGAACUGUCUCGCCACCGCAGAACUCACACUGGAGAGAAGAAGUUUGUGUGUCCUGUGUGUGACCGGCGCUUCAUGAGGAGUGACCACCUGACCAAGCACGCUCGUCGCCACAUGACAACAAAGAAGAUCCCAGGCUGGCAGGCAGAGGUGGGCAAGCUGAACAGAAUCACCUUAGCAGAGAGCCCCAGGAGCAUCCUCGAACCUUUGCCGGCCUCUGGCUGAGGCUUCCUGUGGCAUCCAUCACCUGUGGGCUUCUUCGAAAACCUCUUCAGGAAUGGAACCUGUGUGUUCCUCUCCAAAAAUAACCAUGUCUCUGGGCUGUUGAAGUGGGGAGCUGGUUCUGAUGGAAGUGUAUUAAUUUUACUUUUCUGGUUGGGACCCUGUUCUAUAUCUUUUGUAGUUUCAGAACUGUCUGUCUGUCUCUGUGUGUCUCUGUCUCUGUCUGUCUCUCUCUUUUGUAAGGAAAUGGAAGAAAAUUUGAUCUAAAUCACCAGCAUUCAAACAAAUAUUCCUGCAAUAAAGUUUACAAAGUCUGGAUUUUUUUUUUAUACCUUUCUAUUCAUGUUUUGUAGAAAUGUGACAGGGUACUAAUUUUUAUACUUUUUAUAAAAAUAUUUAUAUUGUGCUCAAAUCACCAAUUUGUGGGUAGACAAUUUUACAGCCUUCUUUUCCAUGUUUUAUAACGUUUUGUAAUAACCCUGCUUAAGAGUGAGCCUGGUAGUUAGAAAGAAACAAAUACCAAGUUUGUUACCAGCCUUUUAUAGUGAUUGUUUUAGAUCAGAACUGGUUGAAUAAAGAACUCUUAAAGGGGAAAAUAAACUUUGUAGUUAGCAUCUUUGUAUCAUUUUCAGGGGAAAUUCUAGCAGCCACUCCUGUAGCCCACAGAACUAAGAUUGUGGUUGGGUAGAAGGAAUCAUGUGAGCGAUGUCCCUGAGGAGGGUGUGCCCGGGUCUGCCUGGGCUGCUGGCCAGCUGAGCAGGGGCGAAUGUGGAAUGUUGACUUCUGGGCCAUCUGUCUGCUAAUGGCAAAUGGUCCCAUGUCCUGCCUGUACUUAAGCACCAAAACCAAGAACGUGGAUGCAGAAACUUUGUAGAUUGCCCGGUGGCUUCUGUUGUGGAUUUGUACUGCAUGGCGGAUUGACCACACAGAGAAAGGGAAAUGUCUAAAUGGGUUGGUUAAACUUUCCACCGGAGAGCACCUUCCACAAAGCAAGGCCCUUUGUACACAGUCGGCUCUGGGGUUCAGAUGCCUUUCUUAUGGACAAAACACCGAGAAAUGUGUCACUAAAUGGCAGUCAGUACCACCCAACUACCUUCCCGGUCAUUGUGUGUGAAGGAAAUGAUUUUGCUCAAACAAGAAGACUUGGGGUGGGGAUUUUGUAGUUUGCCUGAAAACAUCUGGGGAACUGCUUUUACGCCUUGUGAGCGCGCGUCCUGCAUCCAGGUGGUCACAAAAAAUGGUUUUAGUUAAAGUUUAGUUAAAUUGUAUUGCUCGGGCAAUACAGUUAAGUGUGAGAACAAAGUAUAUUGUGCUGUUUGGGCAACCUGAGAAUAUAUUUGUGUGGUACGUGUUAAGUUUUGUAUUUGCCUUUUAAUGAUUGGCAUUCAACUUUAUUAAAUGAUGGCAAGGUAGAAAUAUUAAACAGAUAAAAUGAGGUUUCUGUGUUCAGGUCUUUUGAGCCUUAUAUAACCAUUACGUGGUCAUACAUUGUAUGUUACUUGAUCCAUGUUAAGCUGCCUUGGUAGCCAAGUUUUGUAUGUACGCGUGUUUAGGAACUGUCCAGGCAGUGCUGUUACUGUCUUUCAACACAAUGGAGUGCAGGAGAACUAACUGUAUAUAGCUCACAUGUGUCCCAGCACCCUGGUCCUGUCCACCUGUCUUAAGACAGCAUCCACACUGGUGACUGUAAGUGAUAAAUGGCAUCCAAUUUGGAAUGUCUUUUUUUCAUUGUGACAUGCAGAAGUGAUGUUCCUUGUCCUGGUGUUUCUGUGGGUAACGGCAGGCCUUGGGGGGUUCGGUUGCUCAUCACAGAACUUUCUCAGACCAGUAUUGUUUCUAAAUGAUGGAUGUGUUGAAAUACCAUUAGCUUUCCAUUUCCUAAUUAGAUUUAGGAACCCCUUUUCUGAAAGAGCCCCCAACAUUUGUCUACUGAAAAGAAAACAGUUCGUAUCUGAAUAGGACUCCUGAGCCCCAGAGCCCCGGGAGUGGCUGCUCCCUUGAGGGUCCUCCCCAACUUCCCGCGGCGUGAUGGUGAUUCCAGUGCACUUUAUUGCUUGAGAAGUUCUUGAUUUGAUUUUUUUUCACUUUGUUGAGCCUUUCAGUAGUUUUAGUGAUAAAAAUUUAAAUGUUAACUACUUUUGUUUUAUGUAACAGACCUUGACUUAUUUAAAUGAAUAUGUGUAAUGUAACUUUUUUUUCCCUUUGAAUCAUAUAAAACUUUCUUGGUUC